GGUCUCCCCCCUCCCGGUCCGGUCCUCCCGCCCGCCCCUCGCUUUCAUCUUCCUAUCCCCACCUCUCCAACCUCCGCGUUCAUCCCCUCCCCUCUCCUCCCUCCCUGCUCCCGCCUGCCCCACCCCUGGGAAGCCCCUCCCGUCGGGCAGCACCGCCUUUAUAAGCGGGUUCCCUUCCCGGGGGCGGCAGCGGCUGGUCGCAGCUCUGCUAGUGCUGGGGCGGCGAGCCGAGGGCCAAGCGACCGUGGCCGGAGCGCGCCGGCCUCCGCCCGCACCGUCCGCACCGCCUUCCCGCCCGCCCUCCGGACGGCCGCAGCCCUGCGGGUCUCGGUUCCAGACCCACCCCCGCCCCACCCCGCGCGCCUCUGCCGCCUCUUCCAGAGACCCAGCUUGCUGAGCGGCCGCCGCUGCCGCUGUCGCCGCCGCCGCCGCCACCGCGCCAGGUUCCGGCCGCGGCCACCCUCCGCCGUCCAGGGCCCCUCCGUCCCAGCUCCGGGACCCCGGCUCCCCGCCAGCCUCGGCCCCGGCCCCGGCACCAUGUCGGAGAAGAGCGUGGAGGCAGCGGCCGAGUUGAGCGCCAAGGACCUGAAGGAGAAGAAAGAGAAGGUGGAGGAGAAGGCAGGCCGGAAAGAGCGAAAGAAAGAAGUGGUGGAGUGCCCGUUGCCAUUGGUGGGGAGGGUGGGUGAGGCUCGCAGCCAGCCUGACGCAGCUCCCUGUCCGGGUCCCGGCAGGAGGAGGAGAACGGGGCUGAAGAGGAGGAAGAAGAAACCGCGGAGGACGGAGAAGAGGAGGAUGAAGGGGAAGAGGAAGAUGAGGAAGAAGAAGAUGACGACGACGAAGGGCCCGCGCUGA